AUGCCAUCUGGUCGAUUAUGUCAUCAGAUAAUAUGGCUACUGGUGCUGCUGGUUCCGGUUCAUGCUCAGUUCGGUGAGAUUGCUUCCAUUGUCACUGGACUUUUGGGCAGUGGGGCUGGACCUCUAGCGGGUUUGGCUGGGGCUGGUGCUUCGGCAGGAACUGCAGGAGCGGCAGGAGCAGCUGGAGCUUUGGGUAGUGUGGGACAGUGUAAGUAUUUAUAUUUUUGUUUUGUUUUUGUAUUUUUAAAUAUUUUUGUUGUUUUAAAAGUGUAAAAGUUUAAUGUUAAGGUCUUUUAGGGUAAUUCUUUUACAUUUUUAUUCAUUAUAAAUAUGAAUCUUGAUUUAUAAUGGCAUAUAAUCUAAAUUUAUAUUAUAUUUCAUUAAUUCUAAAGAUCAUAAAAUUAACUAAAAAUUUAAUGUUUAUAUUUUAGUGUAUCAACUGGCCCAAGCUGCUCUUCAAUUGACUGGUACUGGAGUAGGAAUUGUGAAUCAAGCUUCUGAGAGUGCUUGGUUCCCAGCAGCAGUUGAGAAUGCAGCUAAAAUGAACAGAGAGCUACAAGACCGUCUUCUACUGCAACAAAAGAAUGGAGUUGGUGCUGGUGGUCUUCCUGACUUAUUAGGAGUUAUGCCGAAGAGUUCUGGAGUUGGCACUGCUAAAGGUAAUAGUUUGUCUUAAAAAGUCUAGAAUUUAAGGGUUUAUUUUGUUGGAUGUAAGGUAACCUUGUUGGUGUUUGUUUUAAGGUUAAUUUUUUAAAAAACAAGGAUAACUUCGUUUUAUAAGGAGAGUUUUGGGUUUUUUUAAGAGUUGCAUUCACUGCUUUCUGUUUUUUAUGUAAAUCUUUCUUAUGAGCAAUUUUUCAUUCAUUACAUUACUUUUCAAUCAAAAACUACUUGUUUCUUUGUCAUAACAUGCAAUUAAUCCCACGAUCCUGCUCUUCUGACUUCUGAACAAGCAAAAGAACACAUAAAUUUUCACUUUUGCGGAUCCAUUAAACGGAAUACAAACUCCUUAGCAUAAAAAUCCCUCAUCGAAACGGUUAUUUGAUCCGCUUCUGUUCUUUAAGAGAUCGACGAGCUUGGCGGCGAGUUUGGGAAGGAGUUUGGCAGUCACGAAACGACCGAUGAAACCGAAAACAAACUGACGAAGGAGGGUUCGAAGGCUGGAGGAGGUCAAGUCCCGCUUCCCGGAUUGGUGUCGCUGUUGCCGGGAGAGAGCACGGGCAGUACGCAUGAAGAAAUUACGGACGAGAAUGGUCCAGAUGGAGUCAAAAUUGGUACUGAUUUGGAGAAAAGUGGUACAGAAGGCGGCAAUGGUGGUACAGAUGGAUCUCAUGGUGGUAUAGAUGGAGAGAAAGCGGUUACAGAUGAGGAAAGGGGUGCUACCGAGAUCACGGAAGCACCAGCACAUUUGGAGCCAUCUGAAGUCGAAAUGAAGCUAGUAGGAGCACCCAGAAUCACUGUGGAGCUUCCUGAAGAUCACGAUGAGUUCGGAGAGGUCAAAAAGAUGGAGAAGCCUAGCGUGGAGUUCAGCAUUGAUUCAAGUGAAGAUAACUUUCCUUUGGUGAGUUUUCAAUUUUUAAAAGUUGUAUAAUUUGGUUAAGAUUUGAUAUUGUUACCUAAAUUAUUAGAGUUUUUGAUUUUUUUCGACAAAAAUUGCAUUUAGGCAUCAGUUUUAAGUUUUCAUAUGAAACCAUACAGUAAAAAAUUUUCAGAUACCUCCAAAAGCCGCUUCACCGAACCAGGCUGAGGUCGACCACUUACCGGUCGGUUCUAAGAACUCCCAAUCCAUGGUGCCGGAACUGAAGAUGCUGAUUCACGCGUUGCGCAAUAGUAAUUUGACUCAAUCCGAGCUGCGCGAACUGACCAAGCAGGUUUGUUGCGCGUUUCUCUAUUAAUUAACUCGAUUCAGCUGGAGGGGAACAAGGAAAUUGGCACUCCCAGAGAGAACACCACUCCUCAGCCAACUAACUUGAAGACGCCACUGGAUAGACAGCCUGAGAAUGAACUGGAACAGCAGGAACAGGACGCCAAGAAGAAGGCGGUCGCGAGGAAUUUGGCCGCGUUGAGGCGGGCGUUGGACUCGAGGCCGGAGUUGAGAAGCCGGCUGUCAGAGUUGAUGGGAGAUUCACCUGUCAUUCUGAAGUUGCAAAGGCCGAUGGUCAAUGGGGAGGUGGAGGAGAAGAAGGUACGGAUAAUGUUUAUUUUAUAGGAAACUGUCUGGAUUUUUAAAAAUUAACGAAAAAUUUGGAAUCAAGACUGGUAUUAAUCAAAAUUAUUUCAGCUUCAAGAUGACUCGUCGAAGGCCUUUGCUUCUCCACAAGUGUCAAUGUUACCUAGACGUUUCAUAACAACAACAGUAGCUAAUCAGCCGAUUAAUCGCAAAAAUCUGGCUAAAGCUGCUCUAAAUCGCAAUAAUGUGUCGCCCUACCCAUUUCCUACUACAACAUCGCCUGUUAUGACUACACCUGUACCUACAACAUUGUCGUACGCUCAAUAUCAACAAGCUUAUCAACAAUACUAUCAGCAGUAUUAUGGCUUGCAACAACCUCAACAGCAACACAAUUCACUUUUGCAACAACAACAAGCUCCGCAACUAACACAACAACAACCCCAGCAACAGCUACCACAGCAAAAUCUUUUGCAACCACAGCAACCACAUUACUUUAGCCAUCUGCAUACUCCGCAAUUCAUGCAACCUCAAGCGACAAACCUGUUUGCUCAACAGCCAUACUACUCUCACUACUUCCAACAUCAACAACAACUUCAGCCACAACAGUAUCAGCAAUAUAACACACAGCAAACGUAUCAGCCACAGCAACCUGCUUACUCUCAAGUUGCUCAGCAACAAGCGCAGCUCAACAAUCAGCGACCAUUCCCAGCCAGGACCGUGGCUUCACCUGUGGUGACGCCGGCUCCGUUAUUGGUAGGUAUUAGCAUGUUAUAAUAGGAUAUAUGGUGAUAUAUGGCUUUAUUGUCGUAUAUUAUUAUAGUAAUUAGUUUAUUGAUAUAUUGUAGUAUCUUGUUAUGAUAAAGACGUUAUCGAUAGAAUGCUAAUACUGAAUGUUGUAUCUUCAGCUCCAGCACCCGUGGAGUCAAGGCUCCCUCCUCACCGUUCCUCAACCUCACGAUAAUGGCAAAUAA